AAUAAUUGGAAAAAGAAAAAAAAAGUCAAACAAAAAAGUUUGUUCAAUUGUCAAGUUAGGAGAUAUAUCAUUGGCCUCUACUCCAUCGCUGACAUCGAGGAAUGGACGAAUUCGCUGAUGUGGAAAAAUCGUUGCGUUGGUAUCGCAACAUGUCCGAGGAGCAGCUCCAGGCAUGCGAUGCACUGUUGUAUGCCCUGCGCGACGAUAUUGAUGAGCACACAACGUAUCGGGUGGAGGAGUGCCUCAAGCUGCUGGGCCUGUAUCCGUGUCCCAGCUCGAAGCAGCUGAAGCUCAUCGUAAACAUAAGUCGAGGCAGUGACUUGGCGUUCCUCUGGUUUCUGUGGGAGGCGUACUACAAGGAGCGGCGUCCCUCUGAUUCGGUGACACAGACAUACAGAUGCAAUGAGCAGCUCCUGUUGACGGGCAUCGCCCAUCUGGACAUGGCGAUGACUAAGCGAGGCCUAGACAAGAUCUUGCCAUUGCCGGAGCAUGGGAAAAAGUAUCAGCAGCGUCUGCGCCGCCAUCAGGAGAAGCUGGCCCGGAAGGAGAGGAGACAGGCGCAGCAGCGGCUGUGUCGACUCAAUGAGCCGGCCGAUGAUUCGCCAUACAUGAAGCCGCAGGUGCGACCCAGGCGCUUCGUACCCCUGGCCAAGGCAUUCGACCCCAAUGAGCGUAAGCAGCCCUCCAGUGCCAACGAUAUACCCAACGAGCAGACCCGUUGGUUCGCCGACUACGAAUUGUCGCCGAUCAAGCGCGAGGUCAAGAAAUGCCUAUUGCAAGCGAUCGAUCAGGUCUUUGGCAAGGAGCACAGAACAGAGGAUAAAUCGCUGUGCAAUGUGCAUCGCAUGGUGCAACGCGACCUCGUCCGAAAGCAAUAUGAGCUGACCACAGAUGCACUGCAUCGCUGCCUGGAAAUGGUGGAAGUGCAGAGCCGGGCGAAGCGCGUGCGCAGGGAACGCAUCGUGCGUCAAUUGGAGCGCGAGGUCAUGCAGGCCGCCAAGAAAUUGGAGAUGCACCGCAUGCAGCAGCUGAUGAAGGUGCAGAAGUCGAUGCGCGAGGAAGCCCAUUCGUGCAAGGGUCACUGCAAAAUGUGUGUGCAGCUGGUCGCAAUGCCGGAGACGAUCAGCCCGACGGAUGCCAAGGAGGGCGGCUGCAUUUUGCCCCUGCUAAUGGCAAGUCAAUCGAACAGCGCCAUAUCGUACGGUCAUCCGGCGCCCCAUCCGAAGGAUCUGAACAGCAUACACGUCAUGACAAUGGGCAAGGAGCACGAGCACAAGACCAUUCAGCUGCUAAGGGACGACAGCUACAGCUGUCCGGGGCCACCGGCUAAGCCAGUGGUGCAGCCAGUGGUGCAGCCAGUGGUGCAGCCAGUGGUGCAGCCAGAGGUAUGCCUGAGGCCAGCGCCCAAAGUGGUUGAGGAUGUUGCUCCGGAGGUGCCGUCGACGGGCUCGUCCAGUUCGCAAGGAGACGAGCAUUGCUUCCGGCGUUGCAUGCCCACCGGCUGGCUGGCCUGGAACUUCUUUCGGAUCUAUGGACCUGCGGCUCAACAAUCCGCGGCGGAUCUGAGGUACACCGAUCCGCAGCCGAUAAUACGCAGCUAUUGCGUGGCGGCGCUGCAGAAGGCCAUGGAGGGCGAAAAGGAGAGGCAGGCGGCGAAGAUCUAUGGCAAGAAGUAUAUGGAGCGGAUUCUCUGGCAGCAGCGGCACGUCUCCAGCGUGGCACUCGAAGCCGCCGUGAAGAGUGCACGGCAAGCGUUUCGCGCUGGCCUGGCAGAGCCUGUGGAGUCUCCUCCGCCUCCGCGUGAUUCAUCGGAGCGUUUGCAAGUGACCAAUAUCGAUCCGGAGAAUCGUAAAGAGCUGUCGGAGCUGCUCAACAGCGCAAUGGACAUCCUGAGGAAUGAUUCACGCUAUGUGCUCGUCACCCUGCCCAAUGCCCACAAGAUGCCGGAGCUGUUGGACUGGGUGGCGCGGCGCUACGGCAAGGUCAUCAGGCAUGAUGCAAUGCCCACGCUGACAACGAAACAAGUGCUCGCCCUGCUGAAAGCUUAUCGGCCCCUUGAACAGUUUCCCAAGCCCAACGACGUCGAAUUCCGCUGUACACCCGACGCCGACUGCGACGAUAAGACGUUCCUAUGCCGGUUUGAGCAAAUGCGCAAAGACUAUCACAAUCGAUUGAAUGAGCAGGAUCUGCAGGAUUCACGCAUCACUUGGCUCGCCUUGCGCAACUAUGCCCAGAGGCCGAUCAUACAUCCGAAGACCUACUUUUCCUAUAUACCGUCCAGCCAGAGGGACUUCACACGGCGCAAUCUCUGGCUAUCGUUCCAGUUCCGUCCCCUCGACUCGUUGCGCAAAGGUCCCUUUCACAAGUGAAUUUAUUUACUGCAGACACUGUCCCCGCUGCAAUGUCGCAUAAAUUGCGGCUGGCUGGCGCAUCCUCCCCCCACGCCCACAAUUUGUGCGACAUUGCAACGGGGUCGGACUCCGCCUUAAAGCCAUUUUCAUUUCAUUUCAUUUAAUUG